GGCAGUAGAGGUAGGUACCUACAGGUUAGGUACCUGCCUAGGUAUAGCUACAGGUACCUACCCACCUAACCUAAGGUACCUGACGUAGUAGAUGGAUGCCGAUGGAAGGUGUACUCGGAGAUCGACAGACGAAAAAGGAGAGGGGGGAAAGAAAAAGGAAAAGAGAGACGUAACCACCUCACCUAACCGGCAUCCCUGAUCGCCGCUGAUAUCGCCUGUCUUAUUUCUCGUUCCGAGUUCCUCACCUCUGCCUGCGACCGAAAACGUCCGCCCCAGGAAGAGACGCAGAUCCUCACCAGAUGUCGUUCAGAGCACUGCCAGUAUACCACCGGACCGACAUUUUUCAUAGGGGGGCUCGUCAAGAUCAACGUGACGUCAUUCGCCGUGGACGGCUCUACGGAUCAGUCAACCGCAAUCAAGUUGCUCCGACAGUUGGUGUGUACGAUGAAAAGAUGAGUGCGAGACUCAUAUAAAUACUCAUCAAAAGGCCUACGUAGCCUAGUCCCACCGCACCAUUAUACCGUAAGCUAGAUUGAAAAAAUAGAAUUACUAUACCCA